ACUUCUCUCUCGUUUGUCGUCAAAAGAAAACAACAAUGGGGAAUGCUGACCAGAAGCCGACGCCUGGUAAGAAGCGGUCUUGCGACCCAACAGGCCGUUGCAUGUUAUGCAAAACCUGGCCAGACGAGGAAGAUAUAAUCGAUUGCAUCAUCUGCAAAACCCCUUGGCACCUGACUUGCCUCAUUGCCGUUCGUGAAUCCCUUGCCUUGGAGGAUAUUGGCAUGGGGUGCCCUGAUUGCGACGACAACAACAACCCCACUAAAGAAGAACUAGCCGUCGUCGUCGACGAAGCCACCGUGACUGGUGGUGCUUCUUCUUCUUCCGGUGACACUAUAGUUGCUCAGAUUAUGGCGAUCCAGGCUGACGGGUCGCUGACGGAGGAGGAGAAAGCGAGGAAGAGGCAGGAGUUGCUUAGCGGGAGAGUUGCUGGACCGGAGAAAGAGAAUGGUGGAAAAAAUAAGGGUAAGGGGAAAGAGAAGAUGGUCGAGGGUAAAUGUGACGCGUUGGAGGUCUCUGAUGAGAGCUUCAACUGCUCCAUUUGCUUAAAGAUGCUUGACAGACCUGUUUCGACGCCAUGCGGGCACAAUUUCUGCCUGAAAUGUUUCCAGAGUUCGACUCGACGACAAAGGAACAGCACUUGUCCCUUAUGCCGUAACCCAAUACCUGCCGCAAUGGCAAGUCAACCUCGCAUCAACCUUAUGCUAGUGUUUGCCAUUCGAAAGGCAAAGAUGUUGAGCUCGAAUGCUUCUGACAUGGCUUCAAGGGUUUAUGAAUAUGUACGCAAUCAAGAUAGGCCGGACAAGGCGUACACUACGGAGCGGGCUAAGAAGAGCGGGAAGGCUAAUGCUGCCAGUGGCAGGAUAUUUGUCACUGUGCCAACAGAUCAUUUCGGUCCUAUUCUGGCUGAAAAUGAUCCAGAGAGGAACCGAGGGGUGCUGGUUGGAGACACUUGGGCAGAUAGGUUAGAAUGCCGGCAGUGGGGUGCUCACUUUCCUCCAAUUAAAGGCAUUGCAGGCCAACAAGAUCACGGUGCACAGUCAGUCAUACUCUCUGGAGGUUACGAAGAUGACGAGGACCAUGGAGAGUGGUUCCUUUACACAGGAAGUGGGGGAAGAGACCUGAGUGGGAACAAAAGGACUAAUAAGGACCAAUCUUUUGAUCAAGAGUUUAAGAGUGGGAAUGAGUCUCUUCGUCUCAGUUGCAAAAAUGGUUACCCUAUCAGAGUUAUCAGGUCUUUUAAAGACAAGCAUUCUUCAUAUGCUCCUGAAAAAGGCCUACGUUAUGAUGGAAUUUACAGAGUUGAAAAAUGCUGGUUGAAUGUUGGAGUUCAGGGUUUCAAGGUUUGUCGAUAUUUAUUUGUUAGAUGUGACAAUGAUCCUGCCCCAUGGACCAGUGAUGUGCAUGGGGAUUGUCCUAGACCUUUGCCAGUCAUUGAAGAGCUGAAAAAGGCAUCGAAUGUAACGGAGAGAAAGGAAAGCCCAUCAUGGGACUAUGAUGAGGCUGAUGGUUGCUGGAAGUGGAUUAAACCACCACCUAUCAGCAAGCAAAAAGAAAAUACUGGUAAUUCUGUUGGCAGGAAGAGGUCAAGGAUAAUAGUUAAGCAAGCACAGAGUGCAGCUGCUAAAAAGAGGCUUCAAAAACAAUAUGGUUGCCCCAUCUGUAAGGAAGUGCUGGAAAUGCCAGUAACAACACCAUGCGGUCAUAAUUUUUGCAAGUCUUGUCUAGAAGGUGUAUUUGCUGGCCAUUCACUUGUAAGAGAGAGAAAUGCAGGCGGACGACCACUGCGGUCAAAAAGAAAUGUCUUGAAGUGCCCUUCUUGCCCAAGUGAUUUAUCUGAAUAUUUGAACAACUUAAAGGUAAACAUAGAGCUCAAGAACCUGAUUGCCAAGCAGAUUGGAGAGAACGAGAAUUCUGCUGAGGAACCCCGUGAGAAUGGAACCGCUUGUGCACAGGAAGAUCUGUCAGGGAGCAGUGAUAUUCAUGAAGAAAACUCUGAAGAAGCAGAUGUGGAUGGUGGUUAACAGGAGCCUGAAAUGGAGCUCAAACCCAAAAAGCCUCGCAAGCAAAAGAAAGUUGAUGCUGUGAGAAAAUGAAACACCAUCAGCACCAGGAUGACAAUAAAAUACUCUUUUCCAAACUGAUCUGAUAUAUAUAUAUAUUCCAGUACUGAAGAAGUUUCAGUUCUUAGUACUCAAUUGUUUACAUCUUUCAAUUGGGGUUUGCUUUCGGAUGCUUGUAAAUUGUGCUCAGGAAUGAUUGCACAUCUUUAAGACUGUAUGGAUGUGGAAUGAAAACACUCUCCAUUGCAGCAUAAUACAUUAAGCUUCCCUGUUUGUAUCAAUUUUAAGCUCUAUAUAUUCAACUUGAUUGUCA